GAACAAAUAGCGCUACCACCGGAUUACGCGUGGCAUUUCACAACAUCCGAGAAUACACGUGACCGUACGGUCUUUUCCGACGAGUCAACGAAGGAGGACAGCUGAACAUUUUAUAGUGGUUGUCCAUCUAAGACUCGAUCCAAGAUGGUGAACUUUACCGUAGACCAGAUCCGUGAGAUCAUGGAUCGUAAACACAACAUUCGUAACAUGUCUGUGAUUGCCCACGUUGAUCACGGCAAGUCUACUCUGACUGAUUCACUAGUCAGCAAGGCCGGUAUCAUUGCCUCGGCCAAGGCAGGAGAAACUAGAUUUACAGACACUAGAAAGGAUGAGCAGGAGAGAUGUAUUACCAUCAAGUCCACUGCCAUCUCUCUGUACUAUGAAUUGAAGAAGGAAGAUUUGCAAUACAUCCAGGGAGAGAAGGACCCAGAAGGCCGCAAUGCUUUCUUGAUCAACUUGAUUGAUUCCCCAGGCCACGUUGACUUUUCUUCUGAAGUAACUGCUGCUCUGCGAGUAACUGAUGGAGCUCUGGUCGUUGUUGACUGCGUAUCUGGUGUGUGUGUGCAGACAGAAACUGUACUGAGACAGGCUAUUGGAGAGAGAAUCAAACCAGUUCUCUUCAUGAACAAGAUGGACUUGGCUUUGUUGACACUGCAGCUUGAGGCAGAGCCCCUCUACCAGGUCUUCCAGAGAAUUAUUGAGAACGUCAAUGUCAUCAUUGCUACCUAUGGAAUCGAAGACAACCCUAUGGGAGAAAUUUCUGUUGACCCAAAAAAAGGAACAGUAGGAUUUGGAGCUGGUCUUCACGGGUGGGCUUUCACCUUGAAAGAUUUUGGAGCCAUGUACAGCAAGAAGUUUGGAAUUCCUGAGGAUAAAUUGAUGAAAAAACUGUGGGGAGACAACUUCUACAAUGAGAAGGAGAAGAAAUGGUCCAAGGAUGCCAAUGCUGGAGAUCGUGGAUUUGUCAAGUACAUCUUGACCCCUAUCUACCAUGUCUUCACCACCUGCAUGAAGAGCCCCAAAGAGAAAUCACUUGCUCUGGCUGAAAAAAUGGGAGUGAAACUCACAGCUGAGGAUAAGGAGUUGGAAGAGAAACAGCUCCUGAAGGUGAUUAUGAGGAAGUGGCUCCCAGCUGGAGAUGCCAUGUUGCAGAUGAUAGUCAUCCAUCUUCCAUCCCCCGUAACUGCUCAGCGAUACCGUAUGGAGAACUUGUAUGAAGGACCUGAUGAUGAUGUAGCUGCUAUUGCUGUAAAGAACUGCGACCCCAAGGGAGUCCUUAUGAUGUACAUCUCCAAAAUGGUACCCACCACCGACAAGGGUAGAUUCUACGCUUUUGGCCGUGUCUUCUCUGGAACUGUUGCCACUGGUAUGAAGGCCCGUAUCAUGGGACCCAACUACGUCCCAGGAAAGAAAGAGGACUUGUAUGAAAAGUCUAUCCAGAGAACCAUUUUGAUGAUGGGACGUUACAUUGAACCCAUUGAGGAUGUACCAUGUGGUAACAUUUGUGGUUUAGUCGGCGUUGACCAGUAUCUUGUCAAGACUGGAACUAUCUCAACAUACAAAGAUGCCCACAACAUGAGAGUGAUGAAAUUCAGUGUCAGCCCUGUCGUCAGAGUUGCUGUAGAAUGCAAGAACCCAUCUGAAUUGCCCAAACUUGUUGAGGGUCUAAAACGUCUAGCCAAAUCUGAUCCUAUGGUCCAGUGUACAAUUGAGGAAUCUGGAGAGCACAUCAUUGCUGGUGCAGGAGAAUUGCACUUGGAAAUCUGUCUUAAAGAUCUUGAGGAGGACCAUGCUUGUAUUCCCAUCAAGAAAUCUGAUCCCGUUGUAUCCUACAGAGAGACUGUGUCAGAGGAAUCUGAUAUCAUGUGUCUGUCCAAAUCUCCAAACAAACACAACAGACUGUUCAUGAAGGCCAGACCCAUGGCUGAUGGUCUUGCUGAGGCCAUUGAUAAUGGUGAUAUCACAGCCAGGCAGGAAAUGAAAGAAAGGGCCAGAAUCUUAGCUGAUAAAUAUGGCAUGGAUGUUGGAGAGGCCAGAAAGAUCUGGUGCUUUGGACCAGAAGGAACAGGCCCCAACAUUCUUACUGACGUCACUAAGGGAGUUCAGUACCUCAAUGAAAUCAAGGACAGUGUUGUAGCUGGAUUCCAGUGGGCAACAAAAGAAGGUGUUUUGUGUGAGGAAAAUGUCCGUGGUGCUAGGUUUGACAUUCAUGAUGUGACAUUGCACGCUGAUGCUAUCCAUAGAGGAGGUGGACAGAUCAUCCCCACCGCAAGAAGAGUCCUGUACGCCUGCAUGCUGACAGCCCAGCCAAGGCUCAUGGAGCCAAUCUAUCUUGUAGAAAUUCAGUGCCCUGAGCAAGCUGUGGGAGGUAUCUUCCAGUGCUUGAACAAGAGGAGAGGUGUUGUGUUUGAUAACCAACAGAUUGGAUCCACGCCACAGUUCUUGGUCAAGGCUCACUUGCCUGUCAAUGAAUCUUUUGGCUUCACUGGAGAUCUGAGAUCAUGUACUGGAGGUCAGGCUUUCCCACAGUGUGUGUUUGAUCACUGGAGCAUCCUAAACGGUGACCCAUUCGAGCCUGGCACGAAACCAGCCCAGGUUGUUACAGACACCAGAAAACGCAAGGGAUUGAAGGAAGGUGUACCAGGUCUUGACAACUUCUUGGACAAACUAUAAACAUUGACCUUCUAGCCAGUAAAUUUAAACUGAGGAAGAGGACAGUUUUCUACUGUGUUGGACAUUAUUUUGUAAAUUAUUUAUUGUUCAGAAAUGCUAUUCGUCAUGCAUUAGUGCUUCAAGUCCAAAUUAAAGUGCAUUAAAUCUGGAUUCUCCUGUUAAAACCCAAUUCACCAAAAGUAAACAAAAAACAGUGCUAUGAUGUUAAAACGUGGGAAGUUGUAAAAUAAAGAGCAAAAAGUUGUAAGCAGUUGAAAAAAAAAUCAUUAAUAAUUAAAAAAAAAUGUAAAAUAA